UUCACUUUCACCCAUCGCCGCGCCACCUGACAAACGUGCAACAGCUUGUCACCAGCCUUCUGCCGCCAGUGCCAUUCAGAAUGGCGUCAACAGUCAAGUCCAUGGCGCCAGCGAUGGAAGCGCUCAAGCUGACACGGCCGAACCUCUCUCGCCGCUCGAUGGCUGUCCUGCAAAACUCACGAUACCCCGAACUCUUCGCAACGCAACGGAAAUUCUCGACAACUCCACAACAUGGAUUGCCUCGAGGCACAGAGAGCAUAUUCGGUUCGUCUGCAAGCGCUGGGCCCAGCACGUACUUUCAGCGAUCGAGCCUGCCCGCGAACACUGUCGUCAAGUUUGUGCCACAACAGACGGCGUGGAUCGUAGAGCGGAUGGGGAAAUUCAGCCGCAUACUCCAGCCUGGACUCGCCAUCCUCGUACCAGUCAUCGAUCGCAUAGCUUAUGUCAAAAGCUUGAAAGAGAACGCUAUGGAGAUCCCGUCUCAGAGUGCCAUCACCGCGGACAACGUCACAUUGGGCAUAGAUGGUGUUCUAUACACGCGAGUAAUGGACCCAUACAAGGCCAGCUACGGCGUGGAAGAUGCCGACUAUGCCAUCUCGCAAUUGGCGCAGACGACGAUGCGAAGUGAGAUUGGUCAACUUACGCUCGAUCAUGUCCUGAAGGAAAGAGCAGCAUUGAACACGAACAUCACACAGGCUAUCAAUGAGGCUGCGGCCGAUUGGGGUGUGAGAUGUCUGCGGUACGAGAUUAGGGACAUUCAUGCACCUGGGCCUGUGGUGGAAGCAAUGCACAGACAGGUGACAGCAGAACGUAGCAAGCGUGCCGAGAUUCUUGAAUCUGAAGGUCAAAGACAGUCCGCUAUCAAUAUUGCCGAAGGACGAAAGCAAAGCGUUAUUCUGGCGUCUGAAGCCAUUCGAGCAGAACAAAUCAACGCAGCGUCUGGUGAGGCUGAAGCUAUCGAGCUCAAAGCUAAUGCUACGGCACGUGGGAUCGAUGCUGUGGCGAAGAGCUUGACCGAGGGUAAGCAGGCUGCACAAGGAGCGGUGUCUCUUUCUGUGGCCGAGAAAUACGUCGAAGCAUUUGGGAAGCUGGCCAAGGAAGGCACGUCAGUGGUGGUGCCUGGGAACGUUGGCGAUAUUGGUGGAAUGAUUGCAACAGCAAUGUCUGUAUACGGAAAUGUCAGUCAGGCACAAGCGAAAGUCCAAGCACAAAAGCUCAUCACGGGAGAUGAUGCGGGCGAUGCCACACAAGCUCAGCCUGAAGACAAGGACUCCAUCCAGAAGAGUGUGCUCGAGAGCUUUGAGCGUGCACAAGAACGGCAUUGAUCGAUCACUAGGUACUGUACUUCUUAUGUCUGACAGAUCGUUCAGAUGAUGUGGGAAGCGGCGGCAAAUUUUUACAUAUAAAGCGAGAAAGGUAGCACGAUUGGGCUCCAACUCAGUGGUAUGGCCUACGCAUUGUAUAUAUAGUGUACAAUCACAACUUUCAAUACGAGUGGCCAACGGUCACUCCUCACUACUCUAUACCAGGCUGCAGGAUCGAUCAUGAUUCAUGAGUACGUCCCUGCUCUGAAGCAGACCUCUUGUGCUGUAGGCUUACAUGCUCAGAGCAUGGUUCCCAUGAACCAUCAACAAGGUAGUCGUCUAGCGUCCUCGAAUCAAGCUGUAGGACUAGGACCAUCAUCAAACUAUCGCAUCGUAUAUCAGGC